GUGCUGGCUACGAUGGCACAGAGCAUGCUCCUCUUCUCGCUGGGGAUGUUGGUAUCCGUGCCCACCGUCGUCAUCCCCGCGGUCACCAGGUACAGCAACCUCACCGGCUGCAACAGCACCGCUACCUCUCACGAUGGCUGCUUCAGGCUCACAGAAGGGGAAGCUUCCACGUUCGCGGGUCUCGUGCUCAUCAUGCAGCCCCUGGGAAGCUUGCUGGCCGGAGUCAUCCAGGAGUCCGUGGGCAGGAAGCUGUGCAUGCUGCUGGUGAACAUCCCGGAGCUGAUAGGUUGGCUGUUCCUAUACUACUCCACCAGCAGCUGGCAGCUUUACGCUGCAGCUAUCAGCAUGGGGUUCAGCAUCGGCGUCAUGGAAGCCCCGACCUUGUCGUACGUCGGGGAGAUCGCCCAGCCUCACCUCCGGGGCGUCCUGGCCUCGUGCACUUCGGUCUACGUUUCGGUCGGCACGCUACUCAUGUACUCCUUGGGCACCUUCCUCCACUGGAAGACUGCGAUGGCAAUCAGUACCUGUGUACCUGUGCUGACGUUCGUAGCCAUCCUCCAGAUCCCAGAGUCGCCGGUCUGGCUGCUGCUGAGGGGAAGAGACGUGGAGGCGAUGAGGUCACUCUGCUGGCUGAGGGGGUGGACGACGCCGGACAAAGUGGAAAAGGAACUGAGGCAAAUGCAAGAUCACGCGAUCGCUUCCAAGCUAGUACCUAGUGAUAUUUCUGAGAAGAAUCCAGAUGGUAUCCUGAGAAAACCAACAUUCAAGGAAAAAAUGGUGGACUUAAUGAGGCCAGCCAUGAUGCGGCCUUUGACUUUGGUCAUCUGUUUCUUCUUCUUCACCCACUCUGCUGGCCUCAAUGGCGCCAGGCCUUAUCUAGUCAAAGUAUACACCAGGCUCGGAGUGAGCAUUAAUCCUUUCCUUGGAACCGUAUUAGGAGCCAUCAGCCAGAUAAUAGGAGUUUUCGUAUGUAUGGUGUCGGUGCGCAGAGUAGGAAAAAGAAAACUGGCACUCAUAACUAUGUUCCUCUGUUCAACAAUAAAUCUAUGCCUUGGCUUAUACUCGUUGUUCCAUGAGACUGGCUACUUGUACCUGAGUUGGUUACCAUUGGUAUUGAUGGCGUUGCUCUCAUUCACAGCAAACUCAGGGUUUGCUAUAAUACCAUGGGCUCUUCUUGCCGAAGUUUUUCCUCCACGAGGACGCGGUGUUGGAGGAGGAUUAUCAGCAGCUUCAUUCUACAUUGAAUGGUUUAUCGUAACAAAAACUUGGCCUUACAUACAGUCUGUAAUACAGUUGUACGGAAUGUUUUUCCUCUAUAGUUCACUUGGAUUCAUCGGAACCUUUUACUUGUACAUGAACUUACCUGAAACAGAAGGUAAAAGUUUAGAAGAAAUUGAAGGAAUGUUCAAGAAAAACCGAUUAAGAAGAUAAGGAAAAAAAAUAGUAGAAAAUACAAUUAUAUGUUAUGUUAACAUAAUAUAUGUUAUAUAGGUGUUAACAUAAUCUUUGCCAUAUCCAAAAUUCUCCCUUGUAAAUAUUGCCUAUGAUAAAUAUUUAGAUAAACAGGGAAAAUUUUGUAGAUACAUAAAACAUGUUUUUAUAUGUAAAUUUAAAAAUAGAUAAAUAUAGUUAGUUAUUUUUAUUUUUAAAAUUUAGUCAUUGAGACCAAAUUUAUCUUAUGAUGAUAAUCUACUUCUAGUUAAAGAAAUGAAUUAUAAAUAUAAAGUACAAACUAUCUCAAACAACAAUUAAAACACUGCCUUUGAGAUUAUUAUUAACUGGAAUAGCCAUAAUUUAGUCUAUUAAUAAAUGGAAAUGAUUCAAAGGAUGGUUCCUAAAAAUAAGUAGAGUUAAUAAAAUUAUUAAUAAUUCAAUUAUAGUUAUAAAUUAUAUUAAUUGUGACACAAAAUAUGUAGAGGAACAGUUAUAAAAAAGGUUGUUAUAUUAAUGUACUGGUAACAACGUAACAUACUUGAUGCUGAAAUAGAAAAAAAAUGUUUCCAAAUAAUUAUAUUUCAAAACUUUUAAAAUAUUUAGUUUUAUGGUUAAACUUGUCAUAAUAACUGUAAUACUAACUACGUGCCCCUAAUUACUUCUGAGAUAUUUUAUAAAUAACUAAUCUUUUAUUAUAAAAAACCUUUUUUUAAUGAUUUAUCCGAUGUAUGACAAAAAAUCUGUUUUAAAUUAUUUAUCUAAUUUUAUUAUAAAGUAUAACAAUUCUAAACUUCAUUAUAGCAUAAUACUAUAAUAAUAAUAAUAUUAUUAUUA